AUGGCUCGUCUCAAACGGAUUCUCUAUGCAUAUCAAGUGCCUAUCGUUCCCCACCCAUCUCAUUCAGUCCUUCUCUCGCUUUUUGCAACACACACAUAUUCAUGUUUCAUCUCUGAGAUUGUUGCUUCACAGAUGUUUCCUUCAGCUUCCGCCUCCUCCGCCGAUAAGAAGAAUGACAUGUACAAAUACUAA